AUGGCUGCCCCGCACCGCCAACCCGAGGACGCCAUCGAUGACUCCGAGUUCAUCGAGGAUCACUCGGAGCAUCACCAGGAUUCCGUCCACCGGCGCCUGCGUGCAAACUCGACCAUCAUGCACUUCCAGAAGAUCCUUGUCGCCAACCGUGGUGAGAUCCCCAUUCGAAUCUUCCGUACUGCCCACGAGCUGUCCCUCCAGACGGUCGCCGUCUUCUCCCAUGAGGACCGCCUGGGCAUGCACCGUCAAAAGGCCGAUGAGGCUUACAUGAUUGGUCGGCGGGGGCAAUAUACCCCUGUGGGAGCCUACCUGGCUGGCGAUGAGAUCAUUAAGAUCGCCCAGGAUCACGGUGUGCACCUGAUCCACCCCGGCUACGGUUUCCUGUCGGAGAACGCCGAGUUUGCCCGAAACGUUGAGAAGGCGGGCAUUGUUUUCGUGGGCCCAACCCCGGACACCAUUGAGCGUCUGGGUGACAAGGUCUCCGCUCGCCAACUGGCCAUCAAGUGCAAUGUCCCGGUUGUCCCCGGUACGGAGGGGCCCGUUGAGCGCUAUGAGGACGUGAAGUCCUUCACUGAUACCUAUGGCUUCCCCAUCAUCAUCAAGGCUGCCUUCGGUGGUGGUGGCCGUGGUAUGCGUGUCGUCCGCGACCAGGCCUCGCUCCGGGACUCCUUCGAGCGUGCCACCUCCGAGGCCAAGUCGGCCUUCGGAAAUGGCACCGUCUUCGUCGAGCGCUUCCUCGACAAACCCAAGCACAUUGAGGUCCAGCUGCUCGGUGACAACCAGGGCAACGUGGUCCACCUGUUCGAGCGUGACUGCUCCGUCCAGCGUCGUCACCAGAAGGUCGUUGAGAUCGCCCCUGCCAAGGACCUCCCUGUCGACGUCCGGGACAAGAUUCUGGCUGAUGCCGUUCGCCUGGCCAAGUCUGUCAACUACCGCAACGCUGGUACUGCUGAGUUCCUGGUGGACCAGCAGAACCGCUACUACUUCAUUGAGAUCAACCCUCGUAUUCAGGUCGAGCACACCAUCACUGAGGAGAUCACUGGCAUCGAUAUCGUUGCUGCUCAGAUUCAGAUCGCCGCUGGUGCCACUCUCGAGCAGCUGGGUCUGACCCAGGACCGCAUCUCCACCCGCGGUUUCGCUAUUCAGUGCCGUAUCACCACCGAAGAUCCCUCCAAGGGCUUCUCCCCUGACACUGGUAAGAUUGAGGUGUACCGAUCUGCCGGUGGUAACGGUGUCCGUCUCGAUGGUGGUAACGGUUUCGCCGGUGCGAUCAUCACCCCUCACUACGAUUCCAUGCUGGUCAAGUGUACUUGCCGUGGUUCCACCUACGAGAUUGUCCGUCGUAAGAUGCUGCGUGCUCUGGUUGAGUUCCGUAUCCGCGGCGUGAAGACCAACAUUCCUUUCUUGGCUUCGCUGCUGAGCCACCCUACCUUCAUCGAUGGCACCUGCUGGACCACUUUCAUCGAUGACACCCCCGAGCUGUUUGCCCUGGUCGGCUCUCAGAACCGUGCCCAGAAGCUGCUGGCCUACCUGGGUGACGUCGCUGUUAACGGCAGUAGCAUCAAGGGUCAGAUUGGCGAGCCCAAGUUCAAGGGCGAUAUCAUCAAGCCCAUCCUCAAGGACGCCUCUGGCAAUGCUCUUGACGUCUCCGCCCCCUGCCAGAAGGGCUGGAAGCAGAUCCUUGACAGUCAAGGCCCGGCUGCUUUCGCCAAGGCUGUGCGUGCCAACAAGGGCUGCUUGAUCAUGGACACCACCUGGCGUGAUGCCCAUCAGUCGCUGCUCGCCACCCGUGUGCGUACCAUCGACAUGCUCAACAUUGCCCACGAGACCAGCCAUGCCCUGUCCAACGCGUACAGUCUGGAGUGCUGGGGUGGUGCCACCUUCGAUGUUGCCAUGCGUUUCCUCUACGAGGACCCCUGGGACCGUCUGCGCAAGCUCCGCAAGGCCGUCCCCAACAUCCCCUUCCAGAUGCUGCUGCGCGGCGCCAACGGUGUGGCAUACUCUUCCCUUCCUGACAACGCCAUCUACCACUUCUGUAAGCAGGCUAAGAAGUAUGGUGUUGACAUUUUCCGUGUCUUUGAUGCCCUGAACGACGUGGAUCAGCUCGAGGUCGGCAUCAAGGCUGUUCAGCAGGCCGGCGGUGUGGUUGAGGCCACCAUCUGCUACAGUGGUGACAUGCUGAACCCCAGCAAGAAAUACAACUUGGAGUACUAUCUCGCUCUUGCCGACAAGAUUGUUUCCAUGGGCACCCACGUCCUUGGUAUCAAGGAUAUGGCCGGUGUUCUGAAGCCCCAGGCUGCCCGCCUGCUCAUUGGCGCUCUCCGUGAGCGCUACCCCGACCUUCCUAUUCACGUUCACACCCACGAUUCCGCCGGUACCGGUGUUGCUUCGAUGAUUGCUUGCGCCCAGGCUGGCGCUGAUGCCGUCGAUGCUGCUACCGACAGCUUGUCGGGUAUGACCUCGCAGCCCAGCAUUGGAGCCAUUCUUGCCUCCCUCAGUGGUACCGAGCAGGAUCCUCAGCUCGACCUGGCCCAGGUCCGCGCUCUGGACACCUACUGGGCUCAGCUUCGUCUGCUCUACUCUCCCUUCGAGGCCGGCCUGACCGGUCCCGAUCCCGAGGUCUACGAGCACGAGAUCCCCGGUGGUCAGCUGACCAACCUGAUCUUCCAGGCUAGCCAGCUGGGUCUGGGUCAGCAGUGGGCCGAGACCAAGAAGGCCUAUGAGGCCGCUAAUGACCUUCUCGGCGAUAUCGUCAAGGUCACCCCGACCUCCAAGGUUGUUGGCGAUCUGGCUCAGUUCAUGGUGUCCAACAAGCUGAGCGAGCAGGACGUCAUCGACCGCGCCGGUGAGCUGGACUUCCCCGGCUCUGUGCUCGAGUUCCUGGAGGGCCUGAUGGGCCAGCCCUUCGGCGGCUUCCCUGAGCCGCUGCGCUCCCGGGCACUCCGUAACCGUCGGAAGCUCGACAAGCGACCUGGUCUGUAUCUGGACCCGCUGGACCUUGUCGGCAUCAAGAACCAGAUUCGCGAGAAGUUCGGCACUGCUACUGAGUGCGACGUUGCCUCCUACGCCAUGUACCCUAAGGUGUUCGAGGACUACCGCAAGUUCGUCGCCAAGUUUGGCGAUCUGUCCGUGCUGCCCACUCGCUUCUUCCUGGCUAAGCCUGAGAUCGGCGAGGAGUUCCACGUCGAGCUCGAGAAGGGUAAGGUUCUUAUCCUGAAGUUGCUGGCUAUCGGCCCGCUCUCCGAGCAGACCGGCCAGCGCGAGGUCUUCUACGAAGUCAACGGCGAGGUCCGCCAGGUCAGCGUCGAUGACCAGAAGGCCUCUGUCGACAACAUCGCCCGUCCCAAGGCUGAUGCCGCCGACAGCAGCCAAGUCGGUGCCCCGAUGUCCGGUGUUGUGGUUGAGAUCCGUGUGCACGACGGCCACGAGGUCAAGAAGGGCGAUCCUAUCGCCGUGCUGAGCGCUAUGAAGAUGGAAAUGGUCAUCUCUGCCCCGCACAGCGGAAAGGUCUCCGGCAUGCUCGUCAAGGAGGGCGACUCCGUCGACGGCCAGGACCUGAUCUGCAAGAUCACCAAGGCAUAG